AGGGGCGGUUGGAGUUGGACUGCUACAAAUUUCUUCGGCCUCAUCACGUAUUCAUAUUUCUUCAAGAUUCUACUCUGAAAACAAAACCCUCAGAGAAGCAAAAAUCUUUCAGCAAUUAUAUCUAAAGAAGAAACGAAAAUUUAGAGAUGGGAAUUGUCGGAAAUCUCAAUCCAAACCAGCUUCAGUUCUUCGAAUCCGAGGGGUAUUUGGUAUUGGAGUCUUUCGCCAGCACAGAUGAGAUAAGAGCACUCCGGUUGAAAAUGGAGCAAUUACUUGAUCAAUUUGAUUGUUCCAGCAGAGCCUCCAUUUUCUCCACUAAAAACCAACAACAUACCACUGAUGAUCACUUCUUCGAAAGUGCUGAGAAGAUUUCAUUCUUCUUUGAAGAAAAAGCAUUUGAUCAUGAUGGCAACUUGAAGCAACCAAAAGAACUCUCAAUAAACAAAGUUGGGCAUGCAUUACAUGAAAGAGACCCAGUAUUUAGGAGUUUCUCGAGCUCAGAGAGAGUGUCAAGUUUAUUAUGUUCUCUGGGUUACAAAAAGCCGGUAGUGAUUCAGUCGAUGUACAUUUUCAAGCAACCUGGAAUUGGCGGUGAGGUUGUUCCACAUCAGGAUAAUUCAUUUCUAUACACAAAUCCACCUACUUGCACUGGACUAUGGCUUGCUUUAGAAGAUGCAACCAUUACAAACGGUUGCCUCUGGGCUAUUCCUGGAUCUCAUAAAAAUGGCCUCGUGAGAAGAUUCAUCAGAGAUGAAAAGGGGGUUCAUUUUGAUAAGCCAUCUCCAUCCUAUGACCAGAAGGAUUUUGUUCCGAUCGAAGUAAAAGCUGGCUCCUUGGUGGUCAUUCAUGGGGAUCUAAUUCAUCAGAGUUUUGAGAACAAGUCCUCAACAUCACGGCAUGCGUACAGCCUGCAUGUGGUAGAUACGGAUGGCUGUAGAUGGGCUGAGGACAAUUGGAUCAGAAGAAACGUGGAGCCUGAGCCUCUCUAUGCUUUAUGAGGUUUCUAACCAAUGUAUUGGUCCAGUUCUCAACUUACUUUUUAUCUGUGUACUAGAGAAUAUUUACUUUUAAUGACUGAAAAAUGGAGUUGAUUUGCUCGUAAUAAUAUUGUACUUUGUUUCUCUUUUU